CAGCUCUCGUUCUCUCAUCCAUCCCCCUCGAUCCUCAAGGACCUCCACCACGACCACGACCACAACGACGACGACGAGGAGCUCCUCCCAAACCGAAUUCCUUGCUCCUUCUUCUUCUCCUCGUUGUGACACGAGCUUCCCCAUUGUUUCUGCUGCUGCUGCUGUGACCUAGAUUGGCCCUGUGGCUGCAGAAGAGCGAGAUUUCUCGAUAGAGAUUGCGGAGAUUUAAUCGUUUGUUCGUCAUUUGAUCGAGAGAAGAGCGUCGCUUGCAUUGCGUUUAGUGGGUCGAGAAAGCAUGGCGAUGGCGGGAGUGGCAGCCGGCGGAGUUGGGGCUCUGACCCUGCCGCGAGCAGGUGCCGGAUCCAAUAAGCGCCUGGCGUCGAGCCGAGGAGGCCUGCGGGGAGUGCGUCUCGUGGCUGCUGGGAAGAAUGGUGGCGUCGGCGAGGUUGUGAAGGUCGACGGAUUGUGCGUGUCGGCGGUGCACGCCAUCGAGCCUUCCGUCGAGGCGAUUGAAGCUCCUCAGAGUCAUCGCAAGACCUGGAAGGUCGAUAGCUGGAAGCAAAAGAAGGCGUUGCAGCUCCCCAUGUACCCUGAUGCGGAAGAGCUGGCGAGAGUUACCGAAGCGCUGGCUGAUUACCCUCCUCUGGUCUUCGCCGGAGAGGCCCGAAACUUGGAGGAGAAAUUAGGCGAGGCUGCUCUAGGAAAAGCUUUCUUGCUGCAAGGAGGAGAUUGUGCCGAGAGCUUCAAAGAAUUCAACGCCAACAACAUUCGAGAUACUUUCCGUGUGCUCCUGCAAAUGGGAGUCGUCCUCAUGUUCGGAGGACAAAUGCCCGUUGUCAAGCUUGGACGCAUGGCUGGCCAGUUCGCCAAGCCCCGCUCCGCAAACGAUGAAACCUUCGACGGAGUGUCGCUCCCAGCGUACCGUGGAGACAUCAUCAAUGGAGAUGUGUUCGACGAGAAGUCCCGCAUUCCCGACCCACACCGAAUGGUUCGUGCCUACAGCCAGGCUGCUGCUACCUUGAAUCUUCUCCGCGCCUUCGCCACAGGAGGUUACGCCGCCAUGCAGCGUGUGACCCAGUGGAAUCUUGACUUCAUGCACAACGAGCAAGGUGACAGGUACCGUGAAUUGGCCAACCGAGUGGACGAGGCCUUGGGAUUCAUGUCGGCUUGUGGAUUGACUCUCGACCACCCUAUCAUGAAGUCCACCGAGUUCUGGACUUCACACGAGUGUUUGUUGUUGCCGUACGAGCAAGCUCUGACCCGCGAGGAUUCCACAUCCGGCCUCUUUUACGACUGUUCCGCCCACUUCCUGUGGAUCGGAGAGAGAACCAGGCAGCUCGACGGUGCGCAUGUGGAAUUUCUUAAGGGAGUGUCCAAUCCCAUCGGUGUUAAGGUCAGUGACAAGAUGGACCCUGCAGAAUUGGUGAGGUUGUGUGAAAUUCUUAACCCAUCAAACAAGCCCGGUCGAUUGACCGUUAUCGUGAGAAUGGGUGCCGCCAAGCUCCGUGCCCACCUCCCGGCUCUGAUCCGAGCUGUGCGACAGGCAGGCAUCAUCGUGACCUGGGUCAGUGACCCAAUGCACGGUAACACCAUCAAGGCCCCAGGCCAUGGUUUGAAGACCCGACCAUUUGACGACAUCAGGGCUGAGCUGAGGGCGUUCUUCGAUGUCCACGAACAAGAGGGUACUCACGCCGGAGGAGUUCACCUGGAAAUGACCGGACAGAACGUGACCGAGUGCAUCGGUGGAGCUAACAACCUCCUGUUCGAAGACCUGAGCUCACGCUACCACACUCACUGUGACCCUAGACUGAACGCUUCACAAUCUCUCGAGUUGGCCUUCAUCAUCGCAGAGAGACUCAGGAAGAGCCGACUUACAAAGAAGGAAGACGUCAAGAGCAUUCUGCCUUUCUAAAAAUCUGAUGACGUCUCGUGUCUGUGAAUAUUUCGGCGUUCAUGCGUAAGAAGCAUUUCUUUGGCAGGCUGCCAGGAAGGUAGUACUAACACAUUGAAUUCACUGCGGUUGCGAGCUUCUGAAUCUCAGUUGAUUGGACAGAUUGAUCUGAGUUUUGUAGGUGUAGAGGAUUCGGGGCGUACAAUCGUGAUUCACCUAGAGCUAGGUAACCUGGCCCAACAUCCUCGUGAUGUCCCCAUCCGUCCAAGCCGUCUCUGUGGAGUAGUCGUCAUAGUAAAAGAAUCCCCAUGGGAGACCUGUAAGAGCAAGAGAUAGUACACAUUCUCAUAAUUGGAGUUGUGCAACUAGAUUAUCAACUCAGUACUUUCGGAAAACCUUGAAGAAAGUAUUCUCUAAUUGUAUAUCUAUGGUUUGGAAAACAGCAAUUCUUUCUGGGCUAUCAUUCACAAAUAUGCGAUCUCUCUAGCCUAGAGUAAUGUAGACAGCCUAGUCGCUUUCGUUCGUGGAAGCGUUUCUAUCAUUUCAUAGGAGAAUGUAAUUUGGACUCCCAGUCUACUUAGAAAUUAAUACAAAAGAUUUUCUAAAUAUGC